AUGCAUCUAAUGGUUGCUAUUAAAGCGGAAGAAAUGUCUUUUGGCUUGAGUGGAACAGGCGGCUUUGGUUUGCUGGAUUGUGGCGGUGGUUGGACACUGCUUGGAACUGGAGCAGAAGUCGACGCUGACGUUGACGCCGAGGUAGACGGCAUGUUUGAUACAAAAGUCGUCACUGAAGUUGAUGUAGAUGGCUCUCCAUUGAUUGAUACGAGUGUCCUGGAAAAUAAUCAGUUAGUUGUUACUGAAAAUGCGUUGAAAUAUUACCUAUUGUCGCCACCAUCCAUAACCAAAGAACCAGAUGAUGACUCUUGUGAAGAUGUUUGCGUCGUUGGCACGACACGAAGUGAUCCUCCGAUUGAGAGCAUGCUAAGACGCUUACGUUCUGGGGCGACUGGUGCAUCGGAAAUUAUAUCCUCCAUACUGGCAGUCAUUGCUCUUGGAGCUGUCUGUGGUUCUGUUGGACGAGCUCCGACAGCGAUAUUGUAG